AAAAAAAAAAAAAGAAGAUAGAGGAGUCAUCUUCGUCUAUCGAUUGGUUGCUCUCUGAAAAUUAGCGACCAGGUUGACGGACGAAACAUCUCUGCCAGGUUUGGUCUGAGGCCGAUCAACAGAUUCAGGAGGCAUCAUGGGCGGUAGAUCUGGAGUCAUAGUCCUCUUCCUCUUGGGGUUGACAUGGUCUUCUUCUUGUGUUGCUGCUACUAGAAACCCCAUCCUCCUUCUCGAAUCUGCUCAUGAUAACCAAGUUUGUCAACUCUGUGACAAGUAUGUUUCCCUCGCCAUUGAUUACCUCCAAGAUCACGACAAUCAGGAUGCACUCGUCCAGGCGCUUCAUAUCAGCUGCUCUCAGAUUCCUCCUCUCCAAAAACAGUGUCUUUCAAUGGUAGAUCACUAUACCCAGCUCUUCUUCACACAAGUCUCUGUAAUCAAAUCUGGCCAAAUCUGCAAAAAGCUUAACCUCUGCCAGAUAGUGACUGCGGAUUUUGUUUCACAAGUCCAUCAAGAAAACUGCGACGCUUGCCGCCAGACUGUCUCUGAGGUUGUCGCCAAACUCAAGGAUCCUGAGACCAAGCUGAAGAUAAUCCGCUUACUUCUGAAGGAGUGCAAGUCGCUAAACAAUUACCAGGACAAGUGCAAGAAGAUGGUGUUUGAGUACGGGCCUCUGAUGCUAGUGGAUUUGGAGAAGUUUCUGGAAAACAAAGACGUCUGCUCUAUACUCCGAGUCUGUCCAAGUCAAUGGGCCACCCAAGGUGUCUACUACAUUCCUGCCAUGGAAUCGGAGGCAUUGGCAGAUUCGUAAAAUUGGCAGUCUUGUUUCCGUUUGUCAUUCACACAUCCCAUGACCCAUGCCAUCGUCGUUAAAGCUGAUUUUAAUUUGGUAAACUGAUGAUUAUGUAAAUUAUUACUGAUGUAAAGAAAAAAGAAAAAAACAUAAAACGAAAUUCUUGUGUGGUUUGAAAAAUGCUUAAGGCCCAUUGUCCAUUAAUGGGCUUUUGGUUAAUAAUUAAUUUUUGGCCUUAUUGUAUGUAUC